AGCCGUUUCCAGGGCAGGGGGUGACAUUGCGACGCUUCCUGCGCACCCGCAGGCGUCUGCCCCGCCCGCGCCCACCACAGCGGGCGGGGCCAGGCCGGCGCGCCCCCCAGGGAUGGCGGCAAGGCAGCCGCGGGGCCACGCGGAGGCCCGAGCCCGCGGCGGCGGCGGCCAGGGCGGGCGCGGCCGGGACCGGGCGCCGCGCGACGAGAGGAGGGGCCAGUGCCCGUGGAUCAACUCGCAGAUCAUAGCCGCCUCGAACAUCGGCGUGCGGGAGCUCCUGUCCGCCAUCGCGGCCCACCUCGGGCAGAUGAACCUGGUGAACCUCUCGACGGCCAUCCACCGGCUGGCCAAGGUCACCGCGGGCGACGCUGGUGCCCAGGCGGCGCUGCGGCGGCACCCCGCGGUGAAGGAGCUGGAGGCCGCCAUCGCCUCCGCGCUGGAGGCGCUCGAGCCGAGUGCAGUGCAGCCGCAGUCGCUGAGCAACGUCGUCUGGUCGCUGGCCACGAUGCGGCUGAUGAAUUGGCCGCUGCUGCAGGCAGCAACUGCUUUGGCCACGGCGAAGACUUCCGUGUUCAAGCCAUUCGAGAUGUCGACCAUGCUCUGGGCGUUGGCCAAGCUGGGCUCGGUUGAUUGUGGCGAGUCGGGGAAGAAUGCAAGGGCAUUCUUCCACGCUGCCGCAAACCACAUCACGCACAACCUGGAUCAGUUUGGGUUCCGCUGCCUCGCCACUACUGCCUGGUCCUUCGCUACUGCGCGACAGCAUAACCCGCGCCUCUUCCGCGGCAUCGCGACGCAAAUGAUACCCAUGGUGCACGCGGCCAACUGCCAGGAGAUCGCCAACACGGCGUGGGCAUUCGGCACCGCCGGCUUCCAUGACGACCGGCUCUUCACGGCGCUGGCCGAGACGGCGCUGCUACACCUCCCCGAGUUCAAGCCGCAGGAGCUCUCCAACCUCCUCUGGGGCUUCGCCACCAACGGCUUCUUCCACGAGGGCUUCUUCUCCAGCUCCGGGCUGGCAGCCCAGAGCAUGGACCUUCAGGCGCAGCACCUGGCGAACAUCCUGUGGGCCUUCGCGCGGGUGCAGCCGCGUCACGCGGCCACGCAGAGGACGGCCCUCGCGCUGCUGCCGCUCUGCAUCUCGCGGCUGGAGGCCUUCAAGCCCCAGGAGGUGUCGUCCACGGCGCUGGCCGUGGCGAAGGCGCUCGCGCCAGCCGAGCCGCGCCCGGCGGCAGCGCCCCUCGCCGAGGGCCCGUCCGCCGCGCACCUGCCCGGCGCCGCGCGCGGGAGCCACGGCGGCCAGGCCCCGCCGCCGCCGCCGCUCGUCGCGGACUUCUUCCAGGCGGUCGCCCCCUGGGCGCUGCCCCGGCUGCCAGAGUUCUCCGCGCAGUCCCUGGCCAACCUGGUCACCGGCUUCGCGGCGGUGCGCGUGCCCUGCGCGGCGGCGAUGAUUGCCGCCAUCGGCCAGGAGGCGGUGGGCAGGUGCAGCUGCUUCGAGCCCUCCGCCCUGGUCCAUCUCAUCAAGGCCUUUGUGCUCGCCCCGCCCGACGCCGGCUGCGGCGGCGUCAUCGAGGUGCUGGUGGCCGCCGCGGCGCAGCACUCCAGGGCGCUCAGGCCCAAGGAGCUGCAG